AAUGAAUCUUCUUUUUAGAUAAGUUGUCAAUCCAAAUAAUCCAAAAAUAGUAGCAAUUGCUAAAAAUUAUGUUAAACAUGUUAAAGAAAUGGGUGGUGAUGAACCACCAAAAGAACCAGUUAUAUUUUAAAAACCAUUUACAUCUUUAUUAUACUUACCAGAUGGAAAUGGUAUACUUUAAUUACCUAAACAUAAUCAUGAAAUUCAUCAUGAAAUUGAAGUAUUUCUAUAUAUAUUUGAUAGCUUGGAUUUAUGGUAGCUAAGAAUGGAAAGAAUAUAUAAAAGGAUAAAUGGUAAGAAUAUAUAGGAGGUUAUUUUUUGGCAUUGGAUUUAACUGACAGAGAAAUGUAAGCUCAUUUCAAAAAGUAAGGAUUUCCAUGGGAUUUAGCAAAGGGUUAAGACAAUUUUUUCCCAAUUACAGAUUUGAUUACAAAAGAGAAAGUGAAGGAUCCAAAUAAUCUUUAAUUAGAAUUGACAAUAAAUUAAAAAGUAGUUUAAAAUGAUUCUACUUCUUCAAUGUAUUACAAAAUUCCAGAUCUAUUGGCCUACAUAUCAUAAUUUAUGACUCUAAGACCAGGAGAUUUAGUAUUGACUGGUACACCUCAUGGAGUAGGUCCAAUUAGAGUUAAAGACAAUUUAUUUGGUACAUUAAAAUAAGGAAAUGAGACCUUAGCAUAACUUAAUUUAAUAGUAGAAUGAG